UAUUUUUCACAGAAAUAUUAAAGUAGUUUAAUUAGUUUUUUAAAAGAUAAAAUGGAAGACAUAACUGACAAAAAACCUGAGGAUGCCAGCAUUACCGUAAAUUUUGAGAAUCUCCAUGCUAAUAUGGCAUUGAAUACUUCAAGCGGGGAGGAGCCCAAAAAAUUUGAUGACGAAUUAGGAAAGGGGGAGGACCUAUUACAAAAAUUUCAAAAUUCUGUUGAGAAUGACGCUAUUCAAAACGUUGACUCGUUAAAAGAAAGUCAUGAAGAUUUGAAUAAAUAUGAGGAGUCAGCAGAUGAGAUUGAUGACGCAGCAAAUAAUAGUGAUGACUCUGCAAAUAAAACUGAUGACUCAACAAAUAAUAGUGAUGACUCAGCAAAUAAUGGUUCUGAAAUUAAAACUGCUGAGUCAGCAGAUAAUGAGGAUGGUGAAGCAGAAAAUCUGGCAACUAUGGCUAAAGAGAUUAUCAAAAAUGCAGUGGAUGGAGCAAAACAACAAGUAGCCUCGGAGAUUGAAAAUAAUGCGGCGCAAGAUGUCGAAAAGAAAGAAGAAUGGCUAGAUAUUCUCGGCAGUUUACUACGGAAAAAGAUUUUAAAAAGUGGGGAGGGGAGAGAUUCGAGACCUAAACGAGAAGAAGAAAUUACUGUGAGGUACGAAGCAAAACUAGAAGAUGGAACACUCGUUGAGAAAAAUGAUGAUUUAGUUUUCGUUCUCGGAAUGCAAGAUAUCUUGGAUGCUAUUGAUAUUUCUGUAGCUUUGAUGGAGCGAGGUGAAGUGGCGACAGUAGAGAGUGAUGCUAAAUACGCUUACGGAAGCGAAGGAAAAUUACCAGAAGUUCCACCAAAUGCAAAAUUAAUUUUUGAAAUUGAAGUUUUGAAAAUACAGGACGGCCCGUUCAGUAGCACUAUUGACUUAGAUCGAAGAAUUAAGUGGGCGGACGCAAAACGACAAGCCGGGAAUAAACUAUACAGUGCGAAAAAGUAUGAUGAAGCUACAAUGACGUACACUAGGUGCACCAAAGCGCUUGAAAAGGGCUGGAUGUGCGAGGAAUCGGAAGCAGGGAGGGUACGCAUCAACGAAUUGAGGAUUAAGUGUUAUAAUAAUUUAACAGCGUCACAAAUGAAGCAAGAGAAAUGGCAAGAUGCGUUCAAAUCUUGCCGUGCUGCAGAAAUUGAACCUAAUAAUGUGAAAGCGCUUUUUAGAAAAGGAAAAAUUCAUGUUAUGCUUGGAGAAUUAGAUAAAGCAGUUGAUGUUUUAACGAAAGCAGGGAAAUUAGAACCUGAAAACAAAGUCAUCGCAAACGAAAUUGCAAAACAUAAAAAGAAAUUGGAUAAACAAAAAGAGUCGCAGAAGAAAAUGUACAGACGAAUGCUCGGUACUCCAGAUACUAGUGCUUCAACGAAACCAGAAGAAAAAACAUCAUUUUGGUCUCAGAACUGGGGCCGUGUUGUUGGUGGAACACUUGCUAUCGGUGCUGUUUUAAUUGGAGUCUUUCUCGCUCAACGAAGCUAAACAUUUUAAUAAUUUUCCGAUAAUUUUUUUGACAAUAUGGCAUCCCUAAUGUCAAAUACCUAUUCAAUGUCUAAUUGAUAAAAUAUGGGUAUUUGUUUAACCCUGUGUUAGGGAUUAUUAAAUCAACAAAUACCUAUUUUGAUAUUGAAGGAACUACAAAAUAUUGCAUGGGUUUGCUCAUUUUACCGAUAUUAUAAUCUGUGAUGAUUGUAAUCAACUUCUUGGAGCUUCAGCUGAUGGUUGCUCGCCUUCGUUUCUUUUCAGUGUGCCAUUCAUUUUCUUUCUUUACAAAGAAAUUUUUCGCAAAUAAUAAUAAUUUUUUGUUGAUUGUUCAUGUUUAAUUACACAGAAUUCUUUCGAUUUCGAGUGUGCGAGCGUGACCAUUUAACAGCAGGGAGUUGAUGCUGUUUCAAUUUUUAAUCUCAGCUUUGUCAUACUGUAUAUUUGCUUGGAGCUUUUUUUUUAAAUCUGGCAUCCCUCCUCUGCUGUCUCUGCAAUUGAAAAUGUAGGUGCCCAGGUAUUCUUUGCGUAUACAUGAUGGACUCUGAGGGACCGAAUUUUUUUCAAUAGUAUUCUAUUAUCACUGUAAUGUAGUAUAAGUGGGUGGCCCCCUGGCAUUAUUUGUGGCCCCGGUAGAAGCACUUUGUGGUCUACUAGAGAGCAGGGACCCGGCUGGGAAACCCCAGCCUUGGUUACGGAUUGAUCACCCAAAAAUGCAAAUUUGAAUUAAUUUCACAUAAAUAUUGAUUUUACUGUUCUAAUAGUAAAUAUUAUCAUGCUUGUUGUCAAUAUUCAAGUACUUAAAAAUUGUGAUUCCCUAAAAAAGUUAUUUUUAGGUUUAUCCUGAAUUAAGUUCAUCGUACAAUUCCUCUACCAGUAGGGUUUUCUGCAGUUUAUUUCAAUCUAGAUCAUCCAAAAUGUUGGCUUUGUAUAAUUUUACUUAAAAACUUUAAUACUCUAAUGGUGUACUUACAAUUAUUAUGAAUAUUUGAAAUAGCAAUUCCCUGUAAAAGCCAUUUUAGGUUUAGUUUAAAUUAAAUUUAAAUUUCAUUAGUAGAAAAAUCCAUGGAAAUGCUUUAAUCUAUACAGUGAUGAUUUAUUAGCAAAUUAUGAUUUAAUUUUUUUUUUAUAUUUUUACGUGUGUAUUUCUUAUAAAAGAGUGAAGGCUCGCUAUUAAAAAUAGAGUUGCGAAUCUCUAAGAAAACCAUUUUAUGUUUGGUUUGAAUCCAAAUCCUUGUGAUCAGUUGAUCCAUCCAUAGGAAUGCUUUAACAUUGCUUUAACUUAUCCAGUGAUAAAUUAAUAGCAAAUAGUGAUUUUGCUCUUUUUUCUUUUUUACUUGGUUCUCUCUCGAGAGAAUGUCAAGAGGUCGCUAUUAAAAAUGGAAAUAGUGCUGAUAGAAAAGUUGCAAUUGCCACUGAUAUUCUCAUAGCUAUAUUUUUUGAUCUGUUUGAUUUUCGGUUGUAAGCAAUUGCUGACAUGCUGAUAGAUUGUAUAUAUGUGUCCAAAAAAUUUUGCUCAAUUUUAUAUUAAUAACAAACAAAAAUUUCUUUGUCUUUGUUUAUUUCUGGUAGUUCUUAUUGUGCUUUUAGUUCUCAUUUAUCAUACAAUAAAAUUUAUUUAAACUUACAAAAUUAUAAAAUCCGUAAAAUUUUCUGGACACACUGUAGUUUUACUGCUUCCAAUAAUUGAUUCUAAUGUAAGUAACUGUGCAACCAAUGGCCAAUAUGUUUUUUAAUUCUUAUUAUUUAUUUCGAUUCUUGUGUUUUUUUUGCAGA